GUUCGUCUACUUUUCGUCUCUGGGUUGCCCUUUAAUUUUGUGAAGGAUAGAUUCUCCAGAGACGACAAUGGAGGAUAGCACCAAGUUCUUCCAGAUAUUUGUCAAACUUCUUGAUGGCAAAACAGCAACGCUUAGAUUCACGGCCCCGCAAGUUGACGGCCUCGCCAUCAAGCGACGUAUCUCCGAGAUCACCAAAAUCCCCACUCACUCGCAGCGCCUUAUUUACAGCGGGACACAACUCAGUGAUCGAUCCGUAAUCUCCAGUCCUGAAUGCACUGUCCACCUCUUGCUCCGGCUCCUUGGCGGCAAGGGUGGGUUUGGCUCGCUUCUUCGAGGAGCCGCCACAAAAGCCGGUCAAAAGAAGACCAACAACUUUGACGCAUGUCGCGACAUGAGUGGGCGGAGGCUGCGCCACGUAAACGCCGAGAAGAGGUUGGAGGAGUGGAAGGCAGAGGAGGAGGAAAGGAGAUUGGAGAAGAUUGCGGAGGAAUUUAUUAAAAAGAAGGCGAAGAAAGGGAAGAAGGGGGCUGGGGAGGGAGAGGCAGAAAAGUAUGUGGAGAAGUAUAGGAAAGAAUCCGCCAAGUGUGCAGCGGCGGUGGAGGAGGCUGUCAGAGAGGCGUGUGGAAAUGGGAACGGAAAGCGGAAGGGGAAGAUGCCAAAUGAGGGAUUGGAGGCCAAGAAGUUGAAGAUUUGGAUGGGGAAAAGAAAAUUGGGUGAAAGUGACAGUGAAGAUAUGGAUGAGGAUAGCAGUGAUGAGGAAAAUGAGAAAUCUAUUAUUCUAAAUAAUGAGAACCAUUCAUAUUUGAAUAAGAAAACUGAAGGGAGUUCAGAUUCAGUUACUGGUGGGAAACAAGAUGGAGAAUCCUCUGGUGGUGCCUUAUGUGAGAGCGGUUCUGAGGCAGAAAAAGAUGCUACAGUGGAGCAAAAGUUGAAAUCUAACUCUCAAGAAGAGAACUUUCCCAGUGAAGAGGAUGGGUUGGCUGAACCAGAGGUCCAUGAGGAAGCAGCACCACAGAGUCCUGGCUUAACUAUCACAGAGACCGCUGAGAUUUCUGGAAUGCAUGCAGUUAAAGCUGAAAAGCAGGAUAAUGUUGGAUCUGAUACUCAGCCCCGUGUUUCAAGUCCAGCAAGAGGGGAUGUCAUUGAAAGCUGGCCAGGUACUGUUGUAGCAAACUCUGACUUCAAAUUUGACUCCAAUGGAGAAACAGUUGCAGCAAAUGUUAGAGAUUCUGAUUUGGAAAAGCCACUGAAUUUUGAUGAUUUCAAUUCAGCAGCUGAGAUGGAGGUUCUCGGCAUGGAUAGGUUGAAAAAUGAGUUACAAGCUCGUGGGCUCAAGUGUGGGGGCACUUUGCAAGAGCGUGCUGCACGACUUUUUCUUCUGAAAACUACUCCGCUGGACCAGCUGCCAAAAAAGCUGCUUGCUAAGAAAUGAAUCCGUGUAGUAUCUGACUAACUGUCGAGAUAUCUUCUUCCCUUCAAAUGUAUAGUUUACUUGUAGUUCUUAUAAUAUGAUGUCCACUCCCGUUCAAAUAUGGAAUUUGUUAAUGAGUGGAGACUUUGUGAUUGUGUAAUAUUUGGUAUCGCGUGUGCAUGUAAAACAUAUUUUGCGGCAUAAAUUCUGGAAUUUCCAGUAUCGUUGCAAUAGGUUCUGGAAUGGUUUGUACUUUA